AUGCCAACAAUUGUAUCGGGCAUUGAAGAGCUAGAGAGUCGGCAAGGUACAUCCAAUGGAUUGCAGUACGAUAGUUUUUCGCCCUCGCACGGUUUGAGCCAUCCAGCGCCAAACCGCAUCCUAGGCGUGACAUUACUGGAAGAGCACCUACAAAUGGCCGGUCAAACCGAUCAAGAUGCGGACUCCAAACCUCUUAGGCCGCGUCUUACUAUUCGUGAGCUCCGGGAGGCUGCUCAAAAGGAAUCACUGGCAAGCCAAGCUGGUAAGGCUGCUCAGACCGCGCAAGAAGCACGACGCAAAUCUACUUCAACACCGCAGAAGAAGCCCUCCAUUCUGAGCGGCCUGUUCCAAGUCCGAGAGCCGACUCAAGUUGCCUUGAAUCAAGUCGCUACCCAGUUGAUCGCACAGCAUGGGUCAACAAGCGCCACCAGAGUCCCGAAUGUGAGGUUAGAGAAGAUGCCGGACUUUGUACCUAGAGUCAAUUCGAAAUGGGACGGGGUCCCGGAGAGUGUGAGGCGAAGGGAACGGAGAGAAAAGGAAAAAGAAAAGGAACGAGCUAAAAGAGACACAUUUUUCUCAACAGACUCGAGCGCUCGCAGUGACGAUGGCAAAGACAAGAGACACACGAAUAUUGCGAGCCGAAACUCAAGCUCGACGACCGGUUCUUCUUUUGGUGCUCAUGGCAGCUCCAGCGGCUCCCAGGGUGCUUCUUCUCGUACGCGAUUCUAUACCCAGUCCGUCAACUCAUCUGGUGACCUCGUUUCACAGAAAAGAACUGAUCCCUCGACCUUGUCUCCUUCCUUUACACCAUCCACAUUCAGUGUGACAGAAAGCUUCUCUGACAAGGCUUCCUUUCUGCUCAAUGCCUCUAGCUCGGCUGCUACAAGACUACUUUAUCCGCGUGGCAAAGAUCUGACAUCGGAAUCUCGAGAUCAUUUAGACAAGGGCCAAACACUUUCAAGUUGUCCGACAUCAAUGGCCAAGGAAUACGAGUCGCUCGAUUCUCCCGUGGUCACUCAACGUCGGGACGAACGGGGAGAACUUUUCAAGCAGGCUGGCGACACUGCUCCAGAUGUUGACGCUCGCUACGCCAGUGCUCGAACGGAGCCCGCGCGGUCUCGAUCUAUGGCUACCACCAAUACCUUUCUGCCACCUCCGACCUCACCGCUUGGGAGUUCUCGAGAUGCAUCCCCAACCUCUCCGUCACUCCCUGAGCCGCUCUCACGAGGCCGACACGGUGUCAAUGAAAUGACUAGUCUGCAGGCCGCUCUGUCAUCCUCCGAAUCUGACGUGCUGAGGCCACUCCCUUCCAUAAGAAAUAAAGCAGGAGUAAAAUCUAACAACGCGUUCCUAGCGGGCGAGGCUCAAGAGCUGGUGCUACCCGAUGAUGCCGGUGACUGUGACAAGGCAAAUCCAGCAGGCAUAACCUCGGAUUCAGGUCGAUUGCGCAUUCAGCAAGUUCUGGAGAAACGACCCGACAGCUCUCGAGAUCGCCUGGGAUUGAGGGCAAGCAUGCUUUUUAGCGACGACACAACACCUUGGGAACUGCAAGAGACUAAACCGCCAGCAUCACCGAGUCCCUCGCAAGCUAAACAUGUUCCAAGCACGAAGACCAAAUUCCAUAAGCCUUUUGGCAGGAUGGGCAAAGAGAAGGAGAAAUGGAAGACAGCUGUAUAA